CCCAGGACCCGGACCAUUUUUGACGAGAGUGUGUUCCUAAUGUGGCAAUUGAGGUUUUGGCAUUACACAUUCAACAUCCGAAGUAGCCACAAAGUAAAGUUCUGGCCGUUUUGCUGAUCUAACACUCCUCGUCCGCGGAAACCCUGUAUUAUGGCCAGAAAUGAAGCUAAGGGUUCUUACCAGCACUGGUUUUCAGUUCUCUGCCUGUUUAUGGACUGGUUCUUGUGGGCGGGGCUCAUCAAGACUCUUGGUGUCAUGUUGCCUACACUCCAAGAGCAGUUCGUGGCCCAAGCCUGGUUGAUCGGUUGGAUGAUAGCUGUUGUCGAUGGAGUCAUCAAAAUCGCAGGUAUCUUUACUAGGCCACUGGAGGUGAUGCUUGGUACCCGCGCUCUGGUGACGGUGAGCGGUUUCAUGGUUGGGGCAUCUAUAAUCGUCGCUUCAUUUACCACCAAUGUCGUCAUGUUGACCGUAACUCUGGCACUCAUAGCUGGACCUGGGCUGAAUUUCAUCAACAUUACAACAAGGGGCGUCAUCGGUCGUUGUUUUACCACAAACUAUGCCACUGCCAGCGGUAUUGGAUUUUCGGGAUUGGCGUUUGCCCUGAUCGUCGUCGGGCCAUUUACCCAAUUGUUGUUGGAUACGUACGGCUGGAGAGGUGCCUUGCUUAUUUUGGGAGGGUUUAGCCUGCAUCUUGGGGUCUGUGGCGCCCUCUUGCGUUCACCAUCGACUGAUGAAACACAGACGAACGCCACCUAUCAGCAAGUGAGCCCUGGCGCAGAUGAUGAAGAAACCGACAAAACGAAGCAGUCACGACUUCGCUCCUUCAAAGACGCCCUAAGCGCGCAAAUGAAACAUUUCGGCUUCUCCGUUUUUUUCAAGGUCUCCUUUUGGAUACCAACUGUCGUGUUCACUAUUGACCACUUUGUAAACAACCAGUGGCUGUUGUUUUACGUCUCCCAAGCACAAGCAAAAGGCUUCUCUGCGUAUGAUGCCGUGACAUUCACCACGGCCGCAGGGGUCGGCAACUUGUUUUUUAAGAUCUUUGCUGGUCCUAUCAUAGAUCGUGGUUUGUUAAAAUUGCGACCAGGGAUCAUAAUGAUGAUCGUUGUAUGUUCCUUUGCUCUACUGAUUACUCCCUGGGUCGAUUUGUAUUGGCUGAUGAUCGUCAAUGCAUUCGUCUUUUUUGGUGCUUCUGGAAUACUAUCCGUAAUGAGUGAUCUAUACACCAGGGAACUGCUUGGAGUUGAACUCCUGGCUUGUGCCUUCAGUUGGAUGAAUCUGAUUGGGGCCAUGUUAAAUUUCUGUCUUGGCUUUAUCCCAGGUUGGAUAUACGACCAGACUGGAAGCUACGACUUUGCCUUCUUCAUCCUGGGAUGUAUAACUGCUUUGUCGUUGAUGGCGCUAAUGUUGGAAUGGAUCCAUGCGAGGUUCAAGACACGACAUUCAAAUUCAACUUGAGAUAUUCCUUCAUGCAUUCCGUAAUGAAUUCGCCUAAUUGAAACGUAUAAAUAUAAAUGUAAUGAGACUCCGUGAUCACAUCUCACAAAAUGUCAAUCUUAAAUUAUUGUACAUGUAAAUCCAUAUUGGCAAAUUAUUGUAUGCAUGGCAAAACCAAAAUCUACGUUGCGAGGUCACGAUGUUGCACUCGUGCCUUGAAAUACAAAUGUGUACUCCUGAGCAUAAAAACGUCGUAUUUUGUACGUGUUUAUGGUAUAAAUCGAAGACACACAGUCAUGUGAAGCAUCAUCGAUUUAUUGAGGACAGGAGUCAAAUCAAGGACGACCAAAAAUCAUCCUCCCGCCUCACUUGAUCUAAAAAUUGCUGGGGUAAAGCUUGAGACGGUGAAUGAGACAAAGCUCCUUGGUCUCACAAUACAGUCUAAUCUAUGAUGGGACUUGCAGGAACAGUAACCGUAGGUUAUGCUCAGCCGGUUGAAGUGCUUUGGUGUACCUGUGGAGGAUUUGAUCUCGGUGUACAUUGGAUAUACAUGAUAUAUGCGCCCUGCUGUUGAGUAUGCUGCACCAGUGUGGCAUAGUAGCAUCAACUCCCACCAAACGCAGCAAAUUGAAAAAAAUCCAAAAAAGGGCCUGCCACAUUAUCCUUGGCAAUACACAUACAUCGUACACUGAGACUGUAGCCAUCAUGGGUCUCCAGACGCUUGAAGAGGGACGUCUUCACCUUUGUUGUCAUUUGCUACCAGAUGCACGACUUCCAAGCAAUACGCUGAAUGGUUUCCUCACAACAAAAGCUCUUGUAAUAGGAGCCUACGACACACUCCUUUUUACCACAUUCCCCAGAUCAAAACCAAGAGAUACGGUAACGGUUCCAUUCUUUACCUCACAAAACUUCUGAAUCAACAAUAACCGGUGCUAGUUUUCAGUUUCAAUCUUAUUCCAGUAUAUGUAAUGUAACGUUUAUCUCUCAUUAAUGUAAUAAUCUUGGCCAGCUGUCAUGUAAUCUUGUAAUGUUGUUUAUUCCAAAUUCAACUUCUGAUUUUGUUUUUGCGUAUAUAACAAUGUUCUCAAUUUUAAUGUGUAACAUAUAAUGUUUUACAUAAUUAUAAUGUUUUUAUUGUGAACACCUGUAAUUCAGCUUCAGCUGCGAAACGGUGCUAAUAAAUUUGAAUUGAAUUG